GCUCAUACGAUUAAUCUGGAAGGUGGUUGGGUGCCCAAACUUGGUUGCAUAGCACCAACAUUUCAAAUUGCAGCAGACACCAAUCCAAUUUGGGUUCAUGAACUUCUUGAUGCCUCUGGUAGAAGAUGGAACACAGAAAUGGUCAAACAUCUCUUUUCAGAACAGGAGAGUGAAGCAAUCCUUGACAUUGACACCAUUGAACCAGACAGGGAAGGUAUUUGGAGAUGGGCCUUAAACAAAAAAGGAUUAUUCACAGUUGCAGCCUCUUACUCCUUUCUGAUUAAAGAAAAGGUGAAGGUGCUUGAUAUUGCACAAGGAAUUAGGUCUGUGAUGGUGGACUCCUCAGAGAAACAAAUGACACAAUACAUCACUCCGAAUCCCAAGGCGCGUCCCUCUCGAACUCAAUGUUGUCGUAGCUGAAAGAAAAUCCCCAAUCAUCGGCCCUCCAAUAUAUGUUGGCGUGUCCUUUAUCCCUGGUUGGCUCAUAUGCUUCGAAAUCUGAAUGCGCUAUGCCAUAAACUCCAUGUGCUGAAUACUCGUUGUUGUUGUUAUUGUCCACCUCGACCUCAUAUACCCAGAGAGGCCUCAGCAAGGCUGAGCCCGUCAAAUAGCCGUUUGAUCGGACUCGCAGGUUGAUGGGAGCCUGACUGCCCACUGCAUUGCUGAAGUGGAUCACCACUGAGAAGCCCGCCGAAAAAUUAGCUAAGAGGACAAGGAAAAGCAAGCAUUUGAAGGCCAUUUUUUUUUAUUUUUACCUACAAGAUUCUGUUACCUCUGUUCUUCUCCUUUUGUUCUAUAUCAAAGGUAUUGUUCUGGUUAGGAACCACAUGUUUGCACAAUAGAGUUCAUAUUUGUAAGGUGACAUUUCUUUUAAGGAAAAAUUGUAGAAAUGAAUAUGACGAGA